UUUUUUUUUUUUACACACACACACACACACACACACACAGAAAUGCUGUCAGUGGUGCUCAGCUUAACUUGUAUCGUGUCCUUACUGACAUAUGCAUAUUUCAGUAUUGCACAAUUCGGAAAAAUACUCCCCUUCACUACGAAUAAUGUGCUCAUCGUCAUUGCUCAUCCAGAUGAUGAAUGCAUGUUUUUUGGCCCCACUUUGACCUCACUCUCCACUCUCACCAAAGCUAAAGUUCAUGUACUUUGUCUCUCCACAGGCAAUGCUGAUGGUUUAGGAGCACUUCGUAAAAAGGAGCUCGUUAAAAGCUGUCAAAUUCUGGGUGUACCUGCCUCCCGCGUUAAAUCUCUGGAUCACCCUGGCUUGCAGGAUGGUAUGAAAAACAAGUGGGAUCUAACCAUCGUCUCUCAAUCGAUUGGUGAAUAUGCUGUGAAACAAAAGAUUGACACUGUAAUUACUUUUGAUGGACAAGGUGUAUCUGGACACGCAAAUCAUAUUGCUGCCUAUCAUGGUUCCAAACUUUAUGCAGCCAAACAUGGGUUACGCUUGUAUCGAUUAGAAACAAUUCCUCUUGUACGUAAAUACAUUGGUAUUCUUGACUUGAUGAUACCUAACUAUGGUCAAAAGGAACGAGUGACGUUUGUAUCGACACCUAUUUCGUACCUGAUCACGCAUAAAGCCAUGCGUCACCACGAAUCUCAAUUAGUCUGGUUUCGAUGGCUUUAUGUGACUUUUUCUCGAUACAUGUUUGUCAAUGAUUUAAUUAUGGAGUGCUAAUUUCAACGGAUUACAAACAAAUUUGAGAAAAUAAAAAAAA